CGCUGACCAUGUCUCCCUCGGCCUGUGAGUCUGUGUGGAUAGGCCUGUGACGUGAGUCUGAACCAGAGACCCCGCCAGGAGAGUCCGGGGAGCUCCAUACUGCAGUGAUACAUUUACCAACCCGUCCCCGAAGUGAUUUCACCCCUAAAUUCUCUGCCAUUCAGUCUGUGCCCUACUACAUCCUCCCUAUGGACCCCCACGGGACUUGUGGGGGCAGCAAUGUACCUGCUUUCCUUGCCAAGCUCUGGACUUUGGUGGAAGACCCAGACACAGACCCUUUAAUCUGCUGGAGCCCAGAAGGGAACAGUUUCCAUGUGUUUGACCAGGGACAGUUUGCCAAAGAGGUUCUUCCAAAGUAUUUCAAGCACAACAACAUGGCCAGCUUUGUACGGCAACUCAAUAUGUAUGGGUUUCGGAAGGUUGUCCAUAUUGAACAAGGGGGCCUGGUGAAACCUGAAAGAGAUGACACAGAGUUCCAGCAUCCCUACUUCAUCCGUGGUCAGGAGCAACUUCUGGAGAACAUCAAGCGCAAAGUCAACACCAUGUCUGCAACAAAGAGCGACGAGGUGAAGGUGCGACAGGACAGUGUUGGCAAGUUGAUAUCAGAUGUACAGAGCAUGAAGGGCAAGCAGGAGAGCAUUGAUGGCCGGCUACUCUCCAUGAAACAUGAGAACGAGGCCCUGUGGAGGGAGGUUGCGAGCCUGAGGCAGAAGCACACUCAGCAGCAGAAAGUGGUCAAUAAGCUCAUCCAGUUCCUGGUCUCAUUGGUUCAGUCAAACCGGAUCCUGGGAGUAAAGAGGAAAAUCCCCCUCAUGCUGAAUGACAGCAGCACAGCCCACUCCUCACCCAAGUACAGCCGUCAGUACUCGCUGGAGCACGUGCACAGCAGCUCCACCUACCCAGCCCAGGUCUCUGGAUUCACAGACUCCGCCCUCUACUCGCCAGACUCCUUGGCAGGACCCAUUAUAUCCGACGUGACGGAACUCGCGGAGUCCAGCCCCUCCCCCUCCCCAUGUCCCAGUUUAGAGGGCAGCCCCAGUCCAGUGAUUCUGAUCAAGGAGGAGCCACUGACGCCGUCCCACAGCCCUGAGCAGAGUCCUGCGCCCCCUAAACUGGAGGACACCCCAAUAUCGCCAUCCACCUUCAUAGACUCAAUUCUGCAGGAGAAUGAGGCCAGUGUUUGUCCCGGUGGCAAUAAAAAUGGAGUCUCUCAGUCGCACCCCCCUGAGCCCUGCCUGAGUGUGGCCUGCCUAGACAACGUUUCUAGCAGCCGUCAGAUGUCUGAGGUCUCUCGUCUGUUCCCCACCUCCUGUUCCUCAGUGCAGGGCAGAGCGGAGCCCCCCGGGAUGGAGCUAAAUGACCAUGUGGACACCAUUGACUUCAGCCUGGACAACCUGCAGAACCUGCUCAGCGGCCAGAGCUUCAGUGUCGAUACCAGUGCUCUAAUGGAUCUCUUCAGUCCGUCCUUGGGAAUCUCAGAGCUCUCCCUCCCCGACCCCGACUCCAGCCUUGCCAGUAUCCAGGAGCUGCUGUCGUCUCAGGAUCAGAAGGCGUCGGAGACAGAGUCUGGAACACCUGACACAGGGAAGCAGAUUGUCCAUUAUACGGCUCAGCCCCUCAUCCUUAUGGAUUCCACUGACUCGGACCUUCCCAUUCUCCUGGAGCUGGAGGGGGAUGAGCCGUACAUUGAAGAAGAAGGGGAUGAUUAUUCAGAGGAUCCCACCCUCUCUCUGAUUUCUUGGGACCCCCCGAGCAAGCCAGCUGGCUCCAGCAUCUCCUAGGAACGGAGGGAACUUUAAUGAAGUGUGUGUGCUGCUGCCCGAGUGUCUGCAUGCCAACUGGGACUGGCCUCCUGCUUGUUCUCAUCUUGCUGCAAGAUGGGCCAAUCGGA